UGUGAAACUACUCGCGCAGCUCCCUGCUUCAGUGAGAGACUGCGAAAUUAUACUUAUAUAUAUAUUGAUUGGUCCCACAACGACAUGCUUUUCGGUGCUCGAUCAAACCUACGCCCCCAUCUUGUAUGCGCUUGAACAUAAAAGUCUCAUUCAAGGCUAGCAUAGACGGAUUGAAGCUGUUGCCCGACGUAAACUCUUGAAGUUGUGGCUUAUUGAGGCUGCGGGACACUUUCAAUAGGGAACUGUACUGUAUACCCCGGCCGCACUCUCGGCCGGGCUUCUCCGCCAACUGUCGGGAUCCAUGAUCCAAUCCGCUCAAGCUCCAACCUACCUCCGCAUUCCACUGCACCUUAACAAUCGUCUUACUAUUCAUCCAGGUCGAUCUUCUCUCUACUGUCAGCGUGCGACUAAGCUACGUGAUAUCUAAAUCUGACCGUCAUGCUACAUCAAACCAUAGAGCGAAUGCUCUCUCGCGUAGUUCCCCAGACAAACCAGAGUUCUUACAUCGCAUUGCAAAGUCGUAUUACCUCGACCAGGACAUUCGCAAGCCAUACCUCACGCUUCCGAACUGUCUCUCGAUACCUCCAUCAGCCACAGAUCCGUACGUUCUCAAGCUCCGGCCGUAGAUGCAGCAAUGGGAACUACAACCGAUUCAACAACUCAGGCCGGGGCCCACGGGCGCCGCCGUUGAUUUAUCACUUGUUGUCGCGGGCGCGUACCGGGCAUUUCGUGAUAAUAGGCCUUGGGGCAUCAGCAUUCUACUACUAUAAUACCGAGGUAGUGGAGAUGACUGGCCGGCGGCGGCUCAACUUCAUAUCCGUGCAACAUGAGCUGGAGCUCGGAGACCAAGCCUAUCGAGAGAUCCUCGCAGAGCAUCGAGAUCGCAUACUGCCAGACUCUCACCCAGAUGCUAAGGUAGUGCACCGUGUACUCCAGCGACUCAUUCCUCAGGCGCGCGUAGAAGGCGCCCAGUGGAGAGCACACGUCAUCAAAGCGGACGAUGUCAGAAAUGCUUUUGUUCUUCCCGGGGGGAAAGUCUUUGUCUUUACCGGCAUCUUGCCUUUCUGCAAGGAUGAGGAUGGUCUGGCUGCGGUCCUCGGCCAUGAGAUCGCGCAUGUGGUGGCUCACCAUAGUGCGGAGGGUAUGACUCGGAAUUAUCUUCUGAGGUCUGUUGUUACGGUUGUCUCGCUGCUCUUCGAUAUCUCAGCCAUGAUCCCUGCGUAUUUGUCGCAUUAUUUGAUUAACUUGCCCAAUUCUCGGGUACAGGAGGCUGAAGCGGACGACAUGGGAUUGAUCAUGAUGGCUCGAGCCUGUUACAACCCGGAGGCUGCUAUCGCAUUCUGGCAGCGCCUGGUAAAUAACAAAGAAGAACAUGAGAUUCAUCAAUUCUUGUCGACACACCCUUCGAAUGAGAGUCGUAUCCAUGCUCUCAAUGAAAAACUCAACACAGCACAAGCUAUCUACCUGGAUGGUGGCUGCAAGAUGGCAAAUGAGUACAUGCCUGACUUUAGGAGAGCUUUCGCUUUGCACAGGGAGUUUUGAAGCACAUGGUUCCAAGUAUCUUUCACUGAUUGUACAUAAAUUAGUCUAUGUAAAUCCCCAAUUCUGUAUUACCACA